UUCAUUCUUGCUUUUGGGGAAAUUUCUGUACCAUUGAAGGAUAUAACGAAGCUGAUGUUGUUGCCCAUUGUCAAGGAUGAAGAUCCAUGCCACAUAGCCCUGACGCAACAUGAAAGCUUUAUCCAAGCAGCCUUGAAGAAGCUGAUGAAGGAAAAUGCAAGUACUUGGUCCUGGUCAUGGAGAGGAGAGUAUAACAUCAAUUUUCUGACAUGGAUUUGGUAUUUCCGGACUAGUGAAGGCAAAGCCUUCCUCACAACUUGGUUGAGCAAGUUUAUCUUUGGAGGUUUUUCAAACCAUGAGAUUAUGGUUGAUUGUAUUCCAUUGGCUACACGCUUGGCUGAAGGAGUGAAGCUUUUCUUAGCUCUGUUGAUGUUAGGUGCACUUUACCACAUGCUUGACUUGCUUUAUUUUGAUGAGAUUCUUUGUGCCAGAUAUUACAUCAUCGAGACAUAUGUUUGUUUAUCUUUGCUGCAAAUCUUUGCAUGGGAGAGGUUUCAUCCUUACCACUUUGGCCGUGUUACCAGCAGUAAAGAUUUGGAGUACCCCAUGGCGAAGUGUGGCUAUACCAAUGGGAUGUCUCCGCUAACUUGUUUAUGGAAAGGAGAAAGAAAGGUAAAAGGCCAAGUAGUUCUCGAGGUUAACAGCUUCCUUGAUGAUCAUGACAGCUUUAAUUUUCACACACACAAGACUAUGUUGGAGACAUUUGCACUACCAAAGGUAAGUUUAUUUAAUAAAACACUUACACUGAUGCCUGAAAAUCAAAUUGUGGACUUCGCUAUAGGGAACUUAGGCCAUUUGAAGAUGUUGACGGUGAUAAUGCCAUCUAUGUUGCCAUGCAUCACGUGGCAAGGGUUGUGGGGUCUUGAGAGCUAUUGUCCAAAAAGAGUUGCAUGGAAAUUCAGCUAUGACCAAGAUAUACCUUCACCCUCUUUCUCAAACAAGUCAUAUUGGGAUAUUGUUAUGAGGCCUUACAUUGUUGAGAUUGCCACAGCCAUGUGAAGUGAAAGUGUUGCCACACUCAGAUUUUUCAACCAUGCUAAGGUAUUGACUAUGUCAUCCUUGAUGUUGAAAUAUUGGGAAACAUUUUUGAAGAAGUUUGGUGCCUUUCUCCAAUCACCGCCAGAAAUUGUUGCAUAUGAUGUCACUUCUAGAAUGUGACCGUCUUUUUGUAGACAAUAAUUCUUUCUUGAGUUAUUGCAACAAACAUUUUUGGGGUUUCUUAAAUAGAGAAAAUAAUGAAAUGUGGGUACUUGU